AUGGGCCAGGCAGAGUCGCAGCCUCAGUCGGGCCACGGCCAUGCGCCCGCGUCUACCGGCAACAGCAGCACGCUCGCCUUCCACGUCCUCCGCGUCGCCGAGAACUCGCCCGCCGCCGAGGUCGGCAUCGAGCCCUUCUUCGACUUCAUCGUCGGCGCUGCAGGCAGGCAACUCGGCGACGACCUCGACCUGUUGACGGACGUCCUCGAGGUGAACGAGGGCGGCGAGGUCGCGCUCCAGAUCUACAGCACCAAGCGCAAGGAGGUCCGCGGCUCGGUCGACGGCGAGCCGUCCCUGCUCGGCCUGAGCCUGCGCCUGUGCAACCCGCAUCACGCGCUCGACCAGGUCUGGCACGUGCUCGAGAUCCUCGAGGGCAGCCCGGCUCAGAGUGCAGGCUUGGUGCCGUACGGCGACUGGAUCGUCGGGUACGCCGGCGGCGUGCUGCGCGGCGAGGGCGACUUUUACGACGUGGUCGAGGCGCACGUGGACAAGCCCUUGCGGCUGUUCGUCUACAACUCGGACUACGACGUGACGCGCGAGGCGAUCCUCGUGCCGAACCGCAGCUGGGGCGGCGAGGGCCUGCUCGGGUGCGGCGUCGGCUACGGCCUCCUGCACCGCAUCCCGAAGCCA